CUGCGUCCAUAUGCAUACCUACUGGUAACUUUAGCGAUACAUAAGCAGAAAUCCUGCUCUGAAGUGGCUCUUUUUUCUUUUUCUUUUUUUUAAUUUUAUGAACUUGUGAAACCUGAUUCAAAACCUAGGAUGGCCGUCCCUUCAUUAACUUUAGCUGCUUUUAUCUGCUGGAUGAGUCUAGGUAAUGUAUGGGGAAAUGAAAAGAUAUACUCAGACAACAUCACUCGCAUUCUGGACAGACUUCUAGAUGGUUAUGACAACAGACUGCGACCCGGUUCUGGAGGCGGUGUCACCGAGGUGAAGACAGACAUCUUUGUCACCAGCUUUGGACCUGUUUCAGAUGUUGAAAUGGAGUACACCAUGGACAUGUUCUUCCGCCAGAUGUGGGUUGAUGAGAGGCUGAAAUUCGAGGGCCCCAUUGAAAUCCUGCGGCUGAAUAACCUCAUGGUGGACAAAAUCUGGACGCCAGACACUUUCUUCAGAAACUCCAAGAAGUCCAUUUCCCAUAACAUGACCACACCCAACAAGCUCUUCCGCAUCAUGCAGAACGGGACUGUCCUUUACACCAUGAGGCUCACAAUCAGUGCAGAGUGUCCAAUGAGCCUGAUGGAUUUCCCUAUGGACGGCCACUCCUGUCCUCUGCGGUUUGGAAGCUAUGCAUACACCAGCAGUGAAAUUAUAUUUACCUGGAGGAAGGGACCAAUAGCUUCCGUCGACUGUCCCAAAGAGUCAAUGAGUCUUCUGCAGUACGAUCUUGUCGGACAGACUUUGUCCAGGGAGAUAUUCAAAUCAAACACAGGUCACUACUCUGUGCAGGUGGUCUAUUUUCACCUCCAGAGGAAGCUGGGCUACUACCUCAUACAGACCUACAUCCCUCUUAUCAUGAUUGUCGUACUGUCACAAGUCUCUUUUUGGAUCAACAAAGAGUCUGUUCCUGCACGCACAGUUGCUGGCAUCACCACAGUGCUGACCAUGACCACCUUAAGCAUCAGUGCCCGCCAGUCUCUACCUAAAGUAGCCUAUGCCACGGCAAUGGAUUGGUUCAUUGCUGUGUGUUUUGCCUUCGUGGCGUCAGCUCUCGUCGAAUUUGCGGCAGUGAACUACUUCGCCACCUUGCAGGCCCACCGUCUGAAGAAGAAGGCAGCCAGACAGGAGAAGCUUGAGGUCCUGGCCACCGGCAGCGAUGAUGAUGACACAGUUUCGGGUUAUGGAGCUAGACUGAGAAGACCUGGAAAAGGGCAUGUGCAGCCUGAGAGACCUUCAGCAUCCAGCCGGCUUCACCUCACCCUCCUCUGCCUCAGCGAACGAGCUCUCAGCAUUCACUGUGCUCUCAUCUGACAGAGGAAAUGAAUCAGAAACUCAUUUAUUCUCCCGCUGCACAUCUAUUCAUUUCACAGGCUAUGACCACUGCCCACUUGUGUUCUGAUCAGUAGCUGAAGAGCCGCCCUUUCACGGGCCUCGGCCACUUUAAAACCCCACCGAGGCACACAUGACAACUUCUGAGACCCCCGGACCGAAGCUGACGACACACACACACACACACACACACACACACAC